CGUUACGUCACCAGUGUCAAAUCGCCAUCGAUUGUAGCUGAGAAGUCGUCAUGGCGAGCGGAUGUUAAUGUUUGGCUUCUAGAAUAACAUCAAGAUAGCCAUGGGGUCGUUGUUCCGCAGUGAAGAGAUGGCACUAUGCCAGCUCUUCCUUCAGAGUGAAUCGGCAUACACUUGCGUCUCCGAACUUGGAGAGCUCGGACUGGUGCAGUUCAGAGAUCUCAACCCAGAUGUGAAUGCAUUUCAACGCAAAUUUGUGAAUGAAGUCCGCCGCUGCGAUGAGAUGGAGAGGAAGCUCCGCUAUUUGGAGAGGGAGAUCCGUAAGGAUGGGAUUCCAGUGCUGGAUACCGGGGAGAACCCCGAGGCUCCGAUGCCCAGGGAAAUGAUUGAUUUAGAGGCAACCUUUGAGAAACUUGAGAAUGAACUAAAGGAAGUGAACAGCAACGCUGAAGCUCUCAAGAGGAACUACCUAGAGUUGACGGAGCUGAAGCACAUCCUGAAGAAGACCCAGGUUUUCUUUGAUGAGGCCAUGUACCCCCCAAAUCUACCUUACGACCAAGAUGUCUAUUUUGACGAUGAUGAGCGUGUUAACCUGCUGACCGACACGUCGCUCCACCAGCUCAAACAUAUUGGGUUUGUAGCUGGUGUGAUCCUGCGUGAGAGGAUCCCCGCCUUUGAGAGAAUGUUAUGGCGUGCUUGCCGAGGCAACGUGUUCCUCAGGCAGGCAGAGAUCAAUGACCCGCUCGAGGAUCCAGCUACAGGAGAGCAAGUGUACAAGUCGGUAUUCAUCAUCUUCUUCCAAGGUGAUCAGUUGAAGAUGAGAGUCAAGAAGAUUUGUGAAGGUUUCCGUGCCACCAUGUACCCAUGCCCAGAGGCUCCAGCUGAUCGCCGUGAAAUGGCCAUGGGGGUGAAGACCCGUCUGGAUGACCUUAGCACCGUACUGAGCCAGACCCAAGACCACCGUCACCGUGUACUGGUUUCUGCUGCUCGCAAUAUCCGUGCAUGGAUGAUGAAAGUGUGGAAGAUCAAGAGCAUUUACCACACACUCAAUAUGUUCAACCUGGAUGUUAUUCAGAAUGGCUUGAUUGCUGAAUGCUGGAUUCCAGUUGCCAACUUGGAAGAUGUGCAGCUAGCCCUACGACGUGGAACAGAAAAGAGUGGAAGUUUGCCGGCAAUUUUGAACAGGCUCAGCACUCAUGAAGCGCCUCCAACUUUUCACCGAACAAACAAAUUUACAAAGGCUUUCCAGGCUUUGAUUGAUGCAUAUGGAGUUGCAACUUACCGUGAAAUCAAUCCUGCACCAUACACCAUCAUCACCUUCCCCUUCCUCUUUGCCAUCAUGUUUGGUGAUGUGGGUCAUGGCAUAAUCAUGGCCCUCUUUGGUGGCUGGAUGGUAUGGAGGGAGAAACCUCUCUCUGCCAAGAAGACUGAUAAUGAGAUUUGGAAUAUUUUCUUUGGUGGAAGGUAUAUCAUCCUCUUAAUGGGUAUGUUCUCCAUGUACACGGGCCUGAUUUACAAUGACAUCUUCUCCAAAGCCUUGAACAUAUUUGGGACAUCAUGGCAUGGCAAAUACAAUGAGAGCACCCUGUUAACCAAUAAGGAGCUGAUCCUUGACCCUGGCAACAAGGAGCAGUAUGACCAGUACCCAUACCCCUUUGGUCUGGAUCCCAUUUGGCAGAUUGCUCUCAACAAGAUCAAUUUCUAUAACUCGUAUAAAAUGAAGAUUUCCAUCAUUUUUGGCAUCAUCCACAUGUUGUUUGGUGUGAUCCUUAGUGUAUGGAACCACAGGUUCUUCAGCAGGCCCAUGAACAUCUACUGUGAGUUCAUCCCCCAGAUAAUUUUCCUGACCUGCUUGUUUGGGUACUUAGUUCUUCUUGUGUUCCACAAGUGGGUAUGGUAUGGGGCUGGUGGUGCAGAUAGUGUUUCUCCCAACUGUGCUCCUUCCAUCCUCAUUACCUUUAUUAAUAUGGUCUUGAUGAAGGGUUAUCAGUCAACACCAGAGGAUGACCCAUGCUCACCAUACAUGUAUGCUGGGCAGUUUGGAUUCCAACGAUUCCUUGUUUGCGUUGGGCUGAUAUGUGUACCUUGGAUGCUCCUUGCUAAACCUUUCAUACUUCACCGAAACAACAAGCGCAAACAGAUGAUGUCACAAGCUAAUGGAGGAGAGGGUGUCAUUGAAGAAGGUGGUGGUGAGGCUGCAGCUGCUGCAGCUACAGAGGAAGUGCAUGACAUGGGUGAGAUCAUGAUCCAUCAGGGCAUCCACACCAUCGAAUAUGUCCUUGGCUCUGUGUCUCACACUGCCUCGUACCUGCGACUCUGGGCCCUUUCGCUUGCCCAUGCUCAACUGAGUGAGGUGCUGUGGCAGAUGGUUCUCCGUGUUGGACUAACAGCUGGCGGUACAGGAGGGGUUGGUGGCGUCGUCACUUACUUCAUCUUCGCAGCUUGGGCAUCCCUCACUGUUGCCAUCCUUGUGCUCAUGGAGGGGUUAUCUGCCUUCUUGCAUACUCUUCGACUGCAUUGGGUGGAGUUCCAGAGCAAGUUUUAUGGAGGUGGUGGCUACGCCUUCGUGCCAUUUGCCUUUGAAACAAUCCUUGAACAUGCAGAAACAGCUGUUACAGAGUGAUGGCCUAAGGAAAAAUCAAACAAAAGAAAGAAAUUGGUACUGAACAAGUAUUAGUAUUACUGAUUGCAUUAUUAUCUUCAUCGUUUAAAAGAAUUUGAAACGUAGGUGUUCUAGAAAUUCACACAAAAAAAUCAGUAUCAUCCACAGUGUUCAGCAGUAGACUUUAUGUAUUAAAUGUUUUUUUUUUUUUUUAUUAUACAUUUAAAAUUUUAAAUCCUGCAUUUAUAAUAAUCACAUUGUCAUUGUUAAAAAGAAAUUGGUAAAGUUAGGGAAGCAGUAAUUACUUAAAAAAUCUACCACCAAAACCACCCGAGUUAAAAACCAAUAACAAUGACUUAAAGCAGCUUCGUGACUCCUAGAAAAAUCAUGGAAACCUAGUGUUAUUCUGAUCUUUAGAUUAUAUAUGGAUAUAUAUAAACAUAUAUAUUGAAGUUGUUAUAUUGAAUUCAAGAAUAUAAUGGCCAUUUAAUCAGUAUAUUGAACAAUUAAUAUUCUGACAUUGUUAAAAUGUAAAAUGAGGCUUUAAUGAUUUUUUUUGGCAUGUGGCUUAUUAAAAAAUAUUCAGCAAAACACAUUGUAUAUGAUAAAAAAAAGCAAGGAUGUCUGGCUUUACAGUUAGUAUAAAAGUGCUAGGAUGAAAUAUGUUAAUUUUCAUUGUUCAGUGAUAACCUCCAGAGAUUGUUCUUUGUGUUUGUUUACCUUUUUCUUAUUUUUCAAAACUCAAGUCUGUUAUAUUUUAAAAGGAAUGUGUGUAGAAAGAAAGAAAAGCAGUUCUAAAUUACCAGGAAGAAAAAUUAAUGUUUUUGAUUAUUUUCAUGGAUGUUUUGAGUUCAUUAUGGCUUAUGCCCCCCCCCCCCCCCAAUUAUUUCACUUUUGCUUCAACAAUAGUAAACAGUCCUGGUUUAACAGUUUUUUUGUUAAAUCUUAAGCACAAUAUUAAGUACUUUCAUACUAAAGUUAUACUUUGAGUGGUGCAUACAGCUUGACCCAGUUAUUUCCUCAAGUCAUGUGACCAUUUGAUGAAAUGAAGAGAAGAGAAUGGUAUAUUUUAUUCUUUUAAGAAUGGGUUUUCCUUUUCCUGGCUUCUGUAAUAGGUGCCAUUUUUCUUUUUUCCUCAUUUAUAUGUACUCUGAAUGGCUACAUUUCAGGAAUGUAAAUGCAUUUUGUGAACUUUUUUCGUUUGUGGAAAUGUGGGCAUUUUGUUUUGGCCACGAAAGUGUGUUUGUGUAUUUAAUACCUUCAUCUAUUGUUUACAGUAGACUCCUUAUUCAGAUACAUUUAGUUCCUAUUCUCACCAUGUCCAUAUGUUGUAGUGUGAAAGCAGCUGAGGAAUCUCAUUUUGUCCCUGUGACUCUAUCAGACUUUGUCCCCAUACCCCUCUUAAAGAAUGUUUUAAUUUUGUUUUGUUUUGUCUAAUAGAGCAGAAAUUUUGUCACUUGAUAUGUAUGAAGUAUUGUAGUAUGAACGUGAAGUGCAUAAAUUGUUACUUUUGUUGCAAACUUUGAAGAUAUUUCUAGUCAUUGUUUGAUUUAUGUGACCUAAUUUGGCUUGUCUUCAAUAAAAUUAAGUUAGAAAACCAAUAAGGUUUAUAUUUUCAUUUUACUCCAUAUGAUAUAUAUAAACUAGUUUUAAAAAACUGAAAAUUGUCCAAAUUUCAGUUAUCAACAUGAGGAAAAAGUAUACAUAUGAGCUAAUGACAAUAUUACAAUUUUUGUGACUAAUAUACCGAUUCUACAACAGAAAAUCAAUACUGGAACAGACAAGUAAAUACAUGUAUGUAAAUUAUAUAACAAACUUACAUCUAUUACUAAUAUAUAUAUAUAUAAAUAUAUAUUAUAUACAUACAAGGCAAAACAAAAUGUGAUAUGGAAAAAGGUAAUCAAUUGUAUGUCUACACCAACUCCUAGCUGUAGUCACAGCCAUUUUGUGAAACAACAUACAUUCUCACGUCCCUGAAUUUCCCCCACUUUUAUGUAU